AUGUCUCAACCACAGUCUACCCAACCGGCCGCGAACGCCAUCAACCCUCAUUACUGGAAGCCAUGCGCGCUGGUGCUGGGAGAUUAUUUCUUUGGCGGCCGUGGGCUUGGUCUCAAGACUGCAAUCGACACCAAGGUCCACAUGCACAGAGAGCCCGAUGCAACUUCUUGGCUGGGCCUUAGCAUCGAGAUCCCCCUUGGAGCCACCAAUGAGGAUGAUGGUUUUGGUGUUGUCCACACCUAUGAUCGGGUCCUCAGAAAGAGCAUCAAGACCGACAAUUACAGGAUUGUAAUGAACUUUCCUCUGGAUUCGGUGUUUGUCAUCGAGAAGCUCGCCGAGAGCAUCCUGGCGAGGCUGCCCAACACCGACAAGAGGAUGUCCUGGCUCGAGGUCCAUCUGAAGGAGCCUCCAGUCAUCAAGGGAUUCGGCAUGCCCUUUGCUCACCCUGAGCACGCAAGCGAAGGGUUCAUCAACCGUGACGAGGCCAUCCGCGGCAAAACGCUGGUUGACAUCCUCCAGCAACAGAGCUUCUCCUUUGUGGUCGCGGCCCCCGACCAAAUCCUCGAGAAGCAUUGGGCCCAAGAGAUGCCUGCCCCCUUCAGAUACCCUUACGGCGAAGAGCAUUUUUGGGACGAGGGUCGGUACGACGAGAUGCUGCCUGAGAACAAGGGCAAACAAUUCCCCCAGGCCGUCGCCUUUGACAAUGACAACGAGCAUGUCGCGGCUCUCACACAGUCUCAAGUCCAAGACAUCAUGUGGGUGCACAAGGCUGCACUUGAGAUUGCCGAGAUUCCCAUCCGGGCGUAUUUCGUGCCCGCCAGAGACGGCCCUGUAGAAGAGUGCAAGCUCUUCUACGCUAUUGUGCCACUUGGCAAGGCUUUCCUGGAGAAGUACGAGGAAGCUUGGCGCCGCCUGACCAAGGAUCCUUUGCUCACCCUCAACCUCUGGGAUGACGAGGAGGAUGAGGUUCCUGUGCCCUGGACCGCACGCAUCCAGGAGGCCACGCGGGGCAUAGAUGCUCUCGACUGUCACCCGGUGGACGUUGAUGACCUCGUGCUAUACGUCCGAAGGCCCCGUGAGGAAGACCUGAAACGCGAUCCAAUCUCGAACUGCGUUUCCUUGGAGUUCCCCAACCAGGUUGUGGACUACAAGCUCAAGGUCGACGCGACUUGCGCAUUCUUGCCCAAUGCCAGGCCUUUUAAUCCCAUCGCCUGCGGAAUGCCAGGCCAAAGGGAUGCCGGCGGGCAAUGCGUCCCGAUCCCCGAGGAGGUCAAGUUCAAAAUGGACCUCCAUCGAGCUCUUCUCCGAGGCAACGGCUUUUAUGAUGUCCUCGUUCCAUCAGCCGAUGCAGUCGACCAGCUUGCCGACCAGCUGGCCAAUUCGAGCCUCGACAUCGGGGUCACCAACAAGGGAGAGCUCCUGCUUCCCAAACGCCUCCCGGUGAUCGACCUCAUCGACCUUCCUGAGGAGCAUCUCAACGCCCUCAUGGAAGAGGCCCUACCCGCUGACCGACAGCGGUUUGUCAAGUACCUCAGUCAACGACCUCUUGGGCUUGGCGCCAUCACGGCAGGACCGGGCUUUGGCAAGACAACCGCGUUGGCGAUUGGCACUUUGGCGAUGACGGCAACCCUCGGCCAAAUUUAUGGCACUGCUCCCACCCACGUUGCCACUGACAACUUCGCCGAGCGGCUCGACCGCAUCUCGAAAAGUGUGACGCGUCGUCGCAACCGGGAGAAGCAAACCGGCGAUUACUCCCGAGCCCGCCGCACUCUUAUCGUCCGCGGCUACGCCCAGAGAGAGGAAUAUACCGCAUUGAACGGUCUGUUGCGGGACCCUCGGAUAGGCGAAAAGAAAGCGGCCAAUCGCCAAUGGACCCGCGACGGCCACUGGAAGCUGAAUCUGUCUCCAGCCUACUGGGUCCUCAAGGCGCUCCGAUUUCGCGACCAAGAGGCAGUCACUCCGCUUCACGAGGAUGAUCCCGUCCAGGUUUUCGCCCUCCAGGCGCAUAUCGACGGGGACUCCAAGUACGAGAGGCUCCGGAAAGUAGCCACUGGAGCCAUCAGCUGGGCAGAGUACGAGACAGACAAGAUCGACCCCGUUGAGAUCAAUAUGUUGAUAUCGGGCGUCUGUGAGAUGGCUGACAUCCUUUGCACGACACCAUCCCAGUCAUGCAAGGGGAUCUUCAAGCAGUGGAGGGAACUUUUUGCCCAGGGUCUUGCAGUAGAUGAGGCCGGCAAUAUGAACCGCCCCGACCUAUACCGCGUAUGGGGCAACACGCUGCUCCCCUGUCUCAUGGGCGGCGACGAUCUCCAGCUGCCCCCGGCGGUCAUGACAAUGGGCCAGGUGGACGCCGAGGGCAAUUACCUCAACCGCUUGGCCCCAGAGGCCAAAAUAUCCGCCCUCGAAUUCGUCCGGUCUUCUGGGUGGCCUAUCUACCGCCUCCGCACCCAGCUGCGUAUGGCCCAGGGCCUCUUCGACACCUGCCACCGUGAGGUGUACAGCGAUGUGCCGUUCAAGUACGGCUCGCAGAGCGACCUUACUCACCACGCCACGGGCGUCCGGCUGGAGAAGUACCUCAACCAGAGGUUCCCCAAAUUGACUCCUGCGGCGCCCGGGACGCUGAGUGAGGUCUUUGUGCACUGCGAAGGCACUGAGUGCAUCGUUGACGAGGCCACUCAUUCGAAGAGCAACCCCGACCAAGUGGCCAACGCUCUGGACUUCCUGGUCGACAUGAUGGCAACGGGCAGGUUCAACACUCGCGAUUUUGCCAUCAUCACGCCCUACGCUGCCAAUGUAGUGCUGAUCAACCGCCGCCGGGAGAGGCCAGAGUACGAGCUCCUAUCGGCCAUGCCCUCGGCCGCCACUGUCGACUCCUUCCAAGGCCGGGAGGCAGAUAUAAUGGUCGUCAUCAUGGGCACAACCGAGGAGGUCGGCCCUGGCUUGACAACCGACGCGCAUCGACUCAACGUGAUGCUCAGUCGCCAGCGGAGCGGCCUCCUCGUGUUCGGCGAUAUCAACGUCGUGCGAAGGCCGGAUGAUCCCGAGCCGGCCAGCGGCAGAGGUGGUAGGGGCGGCCGAGGCGGCCGAGGUGGGCAAGGGGCUGGGAGAGGGGGGCGACCCCGGACGUACGUCAUUGAGGUGGACGGCGUCCGGAAAGUGGUGCAGGAGGGGAUGCUGCACAAGGUGCUCGAAGGAUGGCAGGCAUCCGGCCGAGUCGCCACCCUCCCCCCACGGCCUAAACGCAAGGCCAAGGCCGUGGCAUCUCAACAGGCCAAGACGGUCGCCGGCCCCUCGAGCCAGGGGAAGUUUGCUGCUGCGUGGUGA